AUGCCUCGUCGCUCCCGUUACGACAGGCCUCCUGCACGGCGCCCCUUUGACCCUAAUGACAGAUGCUAUGAGUGUGGUGAGAAAGGCCACUAUGCUUAUGAUUGUCACCGCUAUAGUCGCCGAAGGAGGAGCAGGUCCCGGUCUAGAUCCCGUUCAAGGUCCCGAGGAAGAAGGUAUUCUCGGUCACGCAGUCGGAGUCGCGGUAGGAGAUCAAGGUCAGCUUCUUACCGCAGGUCCAGGUCAAUCUCUCCUCGUAGGUAUAGAUCAUUUUCACCACGCAGAUCUCGGUCUGGUUCUUUAAGGAGAUCAAGAUCUAGGUCCAGAUCGCGCUCAAGGUCCCGGUCUGUUGUAUGGCCUCGAAGCAGGUCUGGGUCCCAUGGUAGAUCUAAAUCUGGCUUACCUGCUAAAAGUCGCUCAAAGUCCAGAUCACCAUCUCCAAAGAGAAGUCAUUCACCAUCAGGAAGCCCUUGAGGGAGUGCAAGUCCUGAAAGAAUGGAUUCAAAUUCAAAAAGUUUAAGAAGAAAAUUUAUUUUGUUUACAUUAUUAUAAGGGAUUUUGUGGUGUCUUUAUAAAUGUAAGGGCUUAGUCCUAGAAGGCUGUUUCUAUUGACUAACAAUUGGCAUGAAUCUGGAUCUUUUAAAAGUCUUACUAGUAGACAAAUGCGAAACUCUUUUGUUGUGUUAACGUUCUGUGAUCUGGAAAUGUUGGGCUUUUUUUAUUGGCGCGUUGAAAUAAACUGUGCAUUUCUAACUAAGAAAUAUUUUGAUAACCCUGUUAAUAUUUGGGUAGCUGAAGCAGGUCAUGUGCCACUAUGGUGAAAAGCAGGAGGCAGGCUGUUACAGGCACUUGUGAACCGAGUGUAGUGCAGCAGCCAGUCCGAGGCUGUCCUGCAGGUGUGUGCCUGUUGUAGGACUUCAUUCCUACAGAGCACCGAUUGAAGUGAAGAGUUACCAGUACCAGCUGUCAUUCUUACUGUUCGGUCUUGAAUGUUACGGUGAUCUGUUCCCUGUGUUUUUAUUUGUACCUCUUCAAAGCUCAGUGAGGUAGAAAACCUGUCUGGAAGUGCUUGUAUGCUUGAUGAUUUGACUUACAAAAAUGUCUACAAAGGGCAUUAACAGAUGGAAAAAACAAGGAAUGUGUGAAUGCUGGUCUGUCUGUCCUGUUGAUUAAAGGACCAGUGAACUUCUCACCUGAAGGUAUUUUGAAUACUUCUGGAAUGUAAACUAUUGAAGUAAAUAUUUUUAGAAAUCUUGUUUUACAUCCUGGUUGUCCAAAUAGUACUACUUCUUUGUGAUACUUAGAUAAAUUGGCAGUUCUGGUGCAGAAGAUAAAUAUAUUUAGAUAUAGGAAGUUAAGGCUUUUCUUACAGAUUGAAGGUCACAAGCAGAACCUGCAGGUCAUGUUUAAGUAGCAGUACGUUGGGGAAUCAAGAGCUCAUGUUACACCUAUCUGACCUGAUCUGCCUGGUCACAUCUUCUCUGGCGGUAAAGUAACCGAGGGACUCGCUGCUGUCCUGAUCAGUUGUUGCUUUGGGAAACUGGACUGUAGCUGCCUGUAUGCAGACGGUCCCCAUCUCACCACAGAUAGGUUACUGAAGGAUUUAAUAUAAGUGCGAUAAACUAGUGCAAGGUAUUUGCCAGUCUGAUUUGUCUCUGCAGCUGAUAAUGGCUAUUAUCGGACUAGUAAGGAAAUCGGAGUGUCGGAUGAUUUUGACUUGAAGUCUUCCUUAUAGUAUGUUCUGGCCUGUAUUGCUGUGUCUUACAGGCCAGCGAGGAACAAUCAUUUUCUUGGAGCUUCUAAUUUGUCAGCAGUGGGUUGAUGAUACUCUACUGUUAGAGUAGAGCACUGCAGCUGUGCGUGCAGUUUGUGCAUGCAAAACCCCAGGUUUUUGGAUGAACUUUGGUCAUUGUUGCUUUACAAGAUGUCCAGGUAUUAAAAGAAUAAUGAGCCCCUAUACAUGACUUCACAAAGACUCUUCCUGUGUAUUGCAGAAUGUGUUUGUCCUGUCCCUCCUCUUCUCUUCCCGAUGUUUGUACAUUUUAGUGCAUUAGUGCUUUGAGGAUAAGUGACCUUCCUUGCUGAUGAUGCUGCAAUUAAUAUUUUGUUACAACCAUAGUCCAUUAUAAGCUGCAGAAGAGGGAGCUGGAAGCAACAGCAUUAAACUAAGGUGACCCAAAAGCUAUUGCUAAACACUGCUGGGGGGAAUAUUUAUUGGGUUCCCUUCUUCCUUCCCCAUUGCAGUUUAAAGCAUCAGUGGUAAAAUUUACCCCGUGCAAC